GUUCAGCUCCAACAAUACCAAAGAAAAAAACACUAUGCCUACAUUUGAGGCAGCAGAUUAGUGACGAUCUAUUCUCAGCUUCGCUUCUUCUUUUCUUGUUUUCCAAGUUUCGAUCGACGCUGCUUGAAUAAGUGGAGGUAAGGCAGCUUCACAAGAUGGUGAGAGUAAGUGUUCUGAAUGAUGCUCUGAAGAGCAUGUACAAUGCCGAAAAAAGGGGGAAACGUCAAGUCAUGAUUAGGCCUUCAUCAAAGGUCAUCGUCAAGUUUCUUUUGGUCAUGCAGAAGCAUGGAUACAUAGGAGAGUUUGAGUUUGUUGAUGACCACAGGUCUGGAAAGAUCGUAGUUGAAUUGAACGGAAGGCUAAACAAGUGUGGUGUUAUUAGCCCUCGGUUUGAUGUUGGCGUGAAGGAAAUUGAACCUUGGACUGCUAGACUCCUUCCUUCAAGACAGUUUGGUUACAUUGUGUUGACUACAUCUGCUGGUAUCAUGGAUCAUGAAGAAGCUCGGAGGAAAAAUGUUGGAGGUAAAGUACUGGGCUUCUUCUAUUAAGCAGGUGACGGCAUGCCAGUAGCUGUCUAUUGGUAGUGAUUUUAUUGUUGAGGUUGGAACAGCAUAGGUGGAGUAGCUUUCUUUUUGGCUUCAUGAGUGAAACAUUUGAGGAUUGUCUUCUUUAUAAAUUUUAGUGAUUGUUUUAUACUUGUUAUAAAUUGUGAGUUAAUGCCCAAGUUAUAAAAUCACUGGUAGUGUAAUUUGUGCUUCA